UAAACCCGGUUCAGCUCGGCUGUGUUUCCCCGGUGAAGGUCGCUAUGAAGGGCGGGACACCUCGAAGCGUCAUGUCGGAGUCCAACAAGCCGGAUGACCCGCUGAGGAGACGGUCUCCGCGGCUGAGUUCCCCUGCUCUUCGGGCUAAUUUCAAAACGGACAAUAAAAUGGCGCCCGCGUCCGUCGCCGUCAAACGCUCCAUAACAGUGAGGAAAAUCGCUCCCAGGAAAACAACCGCGCCGUCGGAUCACAACAAGGAGAACACCCCGAGACGGUCGACACGGUCGGGGGACAUCCAGAAGAAGGUGUCCACCCCGGGUCCCGCCCCGGACCAUGGCAGCUCCUCCUCGGCGAAGAAGAAGAAGAAGAAGGCCGCUUUGCCCUCACCGAUCCUCCCUCCAUCCCCGCCGCCCUCUCGUCCCCAGCAGCCGGAUCCAGAAGACGCGGUGUGGUCCCAGAAAGUGCGCCGGUCCUACAGCAGGCUCAGCGACAGGUCACUCGACGGGUCACUCGACAGCCCCGACCCCCGUGAGACUCUGUUCGGCUUCGAGAAGCUGCAGACCCCCGAGGUGCUCCAGAGAGUGCGGCGUUGCAAGACGGGUUUGGAGGCCUCCGCGUCCGUCACCGGGCUGAGCUCCUUCACGUCUCUGCUGGAGGCGGACGACGGUGGUUCGGCUCAGCCCGAGCAGGACACCAACAUCCCCGGGGUGGCCGUGGUGAAGGAGAAGAGGAGGCGGAGGAAGGUGCAGCAGAUCGCCACCGUGGAGCUGGACGCGCUGGCCGCAGAGAUGAACGCAGUGUUCGAGGAGGCAGAGGAGUUCGAGCUGGUGGUGGAGUGACCUUAAAACUAAAAGGACUGAAGGACUCCCAUGUGAAAAAAGACAGACUCUGGGAUUGUGUUUUGUAUAUUUCUAGUUCUCUAUAUUGUACAUUUUCAUUCUUUGGAGUUUAUCAGUUUGGUUUUUCAUUUGAAUGCUUUUAUUGUGGUAGUCUAGGUCGUUAUGUGCAUAUUGUUGUCACACAUGUAGGUAGACCAGUAAGGCAUCUUCUUUUUCCCCAGUAUAAUUAAAGCCUUUAAACUGAUGAUCUUUGAAACCAUAAGUUGAUUUAACAGAAAAACAAUCUGCUUAUUGAACUAUUUUAAGAACCAGUUUAUUGUUCUCAUCAAAUUUCAUGCUAAAAAAAGUUUUAAAGGUGCCAAAUAUUCUCUGGUUCCAUUUCCUCAUGCAGUGAGAUUUGUUACUUACGCAUCAGAUCAUUGUAAACUGACUAUUUUUGGACAUUAGUUCCCAUCAACUCAUUUAAAGAAACUUUAGAUUGGCUGAUGAGGACAUUAAUCCUUUCGUUUCAGUUGUGAUUAUCUUCUGUUGUCAUGCCGCCUUUGAAUGAGAUAAAUAUUUGGGCUUUGACAGUGUUUAUUGUCUGAAUUUUUUAA